GCUAGUCAACGAGACGGGCUAAAGUAGCCACAUGGCUGUAAAUAGACCCUGCCACACCUCUGUUUUCUGAUCAGAAAGAUAACUGAAAGUCAUUUAGAGACCAUCUAUCAAGUCAAGCUUCAACACAGCCACAACCUCAUACAAAUCAUUACCUACCCCCUAGCAACCAUCUCUAUGGCAUCCCCUGAAGAGAGAGAGCCUCAGAGUGAAGACUAUCACUCGAACUCGGAUUCCCCUGUUACCAAGACUCCGGACCUGGGAGUACCGUCUUCCUCACAUUACUGUGGUCGUCUCUAUAGCUCUCCAUUAAAUGACUCAGAUGUGGCCUACUAUGUUGGACUGGCUGUCAUCACUCUGGCGUCCAUAGCAACUAGACUGUAUAAAAUAGACGAGCCGUACCAUGUAGCGUGGGAUGAGACCCACUUUGGUAAGCACGCCAGCUGGUACAUUCAAGGAAGGUUCUUCUUUGAUGUCCACCCUCCACUGGGAAAGUUGAUUAUAGCGGUAGCUGGAGUGCUCACUGGCUACAACGGUUCCUUUGAGUUUGAGGAGCCAGGGCAGCAGUACAAGGACACUCCUUACGUCGGCAUGAGAGUGGCGUGUGCUGUGUUGGGCCUCCUAGUAGUGCCCCUAGGCUAUCUCACAGUCUGGGAGCUGGUCCGCUCGACCACAGCUGCUCUAUUGGCCGGUGUCAUGCUUCUCUGUGAAACGGGCACUCUAGUACUCUCACAGUACAUACUUUUAGACCCUCCAUUGAUCUUCUUUAUCAUGGCCGCCUCUUUCUGUACGGCAAGAUUUAUCAACUGUAGAAACGAACCAUUUGAUAUGGAGUGGUGGUACUGGCUGUCACUCUCAGGGAUGUUCAUAGGAUGUGCCUUCAGUGUAAAGUGGGUGGGGCUGUUUGUGAUUGCUCUGGUUGGCCUGACGACACUCAAGGACCUCUGGGACCUCUGGGGAGACCUCACCCUUACAAUGAAGGUGAUUGCUCAGCACUUCCUUGCCAGAGUACUCUGUCUGAUCAUAUGGCCAGCUGUCAUCUACAUGACUAUCUUUGCUUUCCAUCUCAUGGUGCUUAGCAACAGUGGCAAUGGAGAUGGGUUCUUCUCAUCUGAGUUCCAGUCCAUGUUGGUAGGGAAUGAGCUCUACGAUCACAAGGUCCCGGAGUUUGUUGCGUACGGCUCAGUGGUCACGCUCAAGAACAACCGAGGGGGAGGUGGUCUCCUCCACUCACACUCACACCUAUACCCAGAGGAGUACGGAAAUAUACAGCAACAACAGGUCACAGCGUACACUCAUAAGGACGAUAACAACAGGUGGCUCGUCAAGAGGCACAAUCAUACAGAGCCAGAGGAGGAUGGACAGACGGUGCUAACUCACGGAGACUGGGUGGUCCUGGAGCACACAACGACCCAGCGUAACCUACACAGCCAUGCCCUCAAGGCACCCAUGACUGCCACACACUAUCAGGUCACCUGCUAUGGAGAGGAUGGCGCUGGUGAUGCUAACGAUGUGUGGGAGGUGGAGGUGGUGGGCGGUGUGAGUGGUGACCCUGUGAGGACUGUGGCGUCAAAGAUACGCCUAAGGCACGUCAAUGUCGGCUGCUACCUCCACUCCCACAGCACACAGCUGCCAAAAUGGGGGUGGGAGCAGCUGGAGGUCACAUGCAACCCUCGACGACUCGACAAGAACAACCUCUGGAACGUGGAGGGAAACCUCAAUGAUGCAAUGCCGAUGGUGUCAUUUGACUUCUACAAGCCCUCGUUUCUGUCACGGUUCCUUGAGUCCCACAUUGUCAUGGCAGAGUCUAACAGCAACAUGAAGCCGAAGGAAGGGGAGAUCACCUCGCAGCCGUGGCAUUGGCCAAUCAAUUAUCAGGGUCAACACUUCUCUGGUGGAGACUACAGAGUGUAUCUCCUUGGAAACCCGGUGGUGUUCUGGAGCUGUGGCGUGCUCUUCCUGUUGUUCCUGAUGAUACUGGUUGGCAAGCUGUUGGUGGACCAGCGGGGGUUAGAGUACAGCCCCGUCCUCAGAGACACGCUUGACUGCCUCCUUUCUGGCGGGGGGUGGCUGCUGCUUGGCUGGUUCCUCCAUUACUUACCCUUCUACCUCAUGGGACGUGUUCUCUACUUCCAUCAUUACUUCCCUGCACUCAUGUUCUCCAUCAUGCUGGCAGGAACUGUCUUAGAGUUUGCUGUUAGCUUCUUCACCUCUCUGUUCCCCUACCCCUUGCAAGGCACUGUCUACCACACAGCACUGGCUGUUCUUAUCUCACUCAUCAUCGGAAGCUUUGUGAUGUUCAGUCCUCUUGCAUACGGAAUGAAUGGGCCCAAGGCAGACGUUCCAAACAGCUCCUACUCUGGACUAAAAUGGCUUCAGAGUUGGGACAUUUAGCAUGCAAAAUAAUUAUACAGUUUUAUUUGUGCAUUUCAUUGUUUCACCAUUGUAUACCUUUCAAGUUCAUACAUCUGAAGCUAUGCAAAGUUUUUUCACUUUAUACACCAUUGUGUGUUAACCAUAAGUGCAUUGACAA